AUGGAAGGAGAAGAUAGUGAGAACAAUUUUACGGUGCAGGGAGUCGGAUCCCCAGUACCGGCGUCUGUCGGGGGUGAGUACGCGGGCCCCGAGACGUCGAUAUACAGCGACCGCACAACAACAACAACAUUGAGAACUGAUUCGAUGGGAGUGGAAAGCUUGGCUCCUACGGAUCAAAAUGCUACAAGCAAGAACAACGGUGACCCUUUUAAAAGAGUAUCAAAAAUACCUCGGACACCUCCGAAGAAGGGUACUCCUACAGGUCCUAAACCACCUGAAGGGCCGAAGACAGCAAGACGCGGGAUUUUCCCGAUUCCCCGAACUGAAGCGGAGAAACCAGAAGAGGAAGCCAACACUGCUGCGCUACCGACGGGAGUAAUUAAUGCUUCUGCCUCCAAAGAAACGGACGAGGGAAAUCCAAACGACGUUCUUGUCAUGGAGAUGCAGAAAUGCCUUAAUACACUUAAGAAAAUGAAGGCAGCGUGUCUGAGACAAAAAAAUAUCAGCAUAGAUAUUAAAGACGGCAUAGCGUCAUUGGAGGAGUCUCUUGACAAAAUAAAAUGGUCAAACAGAGAAAAGAAAAAGACCGAUGUCUGCUGCUCAAAACCGCCCACCACGAGCCACGAAGCCCCACAGCAGAGGGUGGAAGCCGGUAAGAAGAAAUUACCAAAAAAUCCUUCAGAACCGGGAACCACCAAAAGACCACCGUCGAGUCCACUCCAAAAGGAUUCCGAAAAGAAAACGAGAAAGAUUUCACAAGCCGCGGAGUCGGAGGACAGACAAGCAAACACACUGACCGACGACGUCAUCCACGGUGAAGAGACCUACGCCCAAGCAGCCCUCAGAGGAAAGGUCACAGACGCUGCCAAGGGAACUGUACCUGCUAACACGAAAAAGAAUAUAGCAACCCUCCAAGGAAAGGACUCAGAAGCUGCCAAGGAAACGUUACCUGAUAAGACGAACAAGAAUAAAGGUAACCCAACUACCAAAGCAAGUGGAAAACAGAAGAAGAGAAAAAAGAAAAAGCCUAGACGGAAACAAAACCCGGGAGCUAUUCUUAUCAAGCCGAUGGGAGAGGAAACCUACUCCGGCAUCUUGAGAGAAAUCCGGAACAAGGCCAAUCCAGACGCGACAGAAACAGUUGUCAAAAAGAUUCGCGAAACCAAAAAGGGAGAGGUCUUGGUAGAGCUCGGGGCGAAAACAAAAAACAAGACAGCCUUUGGAAACUGCCUAAAGGAAAUUCUGGGAGAAAAAGCAGUCGUCAAAAACCUCCAACAUAUGAUUUCACUCGAGAUUAUGGACCUUGACGAACUAACCACGGUAGAAGAGGUCCAGGAAGCAAUCCGCAAAAAAUGUACAGACUCCAUAACAGAGCUGGAAAUAGGGAUCACUAGUAAAAACAACAGAUCUCUGAAGAUGGCCAUUAUCAGGGUGAAUGCUCAAGCCGCCGAAGAAAUGCUGAAGGCCAGCACAGUUAAAAUUGGCUGGACACACUGCCGAAUCAGACAGAGAACCGAAGUCCCACGCUGCUUCAAAUGUUUCGGAUAUGGACACAAACAGUCGUCCUGUCCAAAUCCGGACAGAAAGGGGCAAGGACUAUGCAUCCAAUGCGGGGAAAAGGGUCAUAAAAAGAAGGACUGCAAAAACCAGCCUAAGUGCUGCCUCUGUGUGGAAUUGGAAACAACAUCAUCCAUAAACCAUGUACCUGGCACCGGAAGCUGUCAAGUGUUCAGAAAAGCACUUGAAGAGGCGAAAAAGGCCUCCUCAAAAUGA